AUGGUCGCCAACAUGGACCCGGAGAAGAGCGGUCUUCCGCCUUACAGCGAUGCCCCACUGCCCUCGGGCUCGCGGCGCUCGUCGCACCACCAUCACCACCACACGCAUUCGAAGCGCUGGCUACGACCUAGUCGUAGCAUGAAGCUGAUCGUAUUGUGCCUUGGCUUUAUUGCCUUCGCUCAAUGGAAGCAGCUCUCAUUCUUGCCUUCCAGCAAGCCGUCCAGCAACCUAUCGGCUGCCCGCUUGCAGCAGGAUCUGGAGACUUGUGCCGCCCUGCGACGCAAGCCUCAGGACCCCAUUGGCCUCGGCCGCAAGAAGAAUGCACGAUACGUCGAGGGCCAGCGUCCGACUCUGAUUCGAAAUGCCACCGUCUGGGUCGGCGAACCCGCAGAGGGUACCUCUCCUGCAGAUGAUCGCGCCGGCAAGGGAUACUCAUGGAUCACUGCCGAUGUCCUGAUCGAUUACGGUCUCAUUCAAAAGGUUGAGGCUGACAUUUCGCUCGACUCCCUUCCCAAGGACACUCAGGUCUAUGAUGCAAAGGGCCGCCAGCUCACCAGUGGUGUCAUCGACAUGCACUCCCACGCCGGUGUCGGCGCUCUGCCCGAGCUCAACGGCAACCAGGACGUCAAUGAGAUGUCCAACGAUAUUACUCCCUACGUGCGCUCGAUCGACGGCCUGAACCCUCUUGAUCCCCAGAUUCAGGUUAUCAAGUCCGGCGGUGUCACCACCUCGCUGGUUCUGCCGGGCUCUGGCAACAACAUUGGUGGCGAAGCCUACGUUAUCAAGCAUGCCGUCGGUAAGCCCGAUGGUCGUACUGAGUUCUCUGCUGAGGAUAUGCUGGCCGACCCUGACCGUAACUGGCGCUACAUGAAGAUGGCAUGCGGAGAGAAUGCGAAGCGCGUCUACGGAAAGGUUGGCCACAGCCCCUUCUCUCGCCUCGGCGAAAGCUGGGAGUUCCGUCACGCCUUCGAGCAGGCCGCAAAGCUUGUACGGGAGCAGGAUGACUGGUGCGAUGCUGCCGACAAGUUCGGUGUUGAGAGCCAGACCCAAUACUUGCCUCAAGACCUGAAGUGGGAGAGCCUUAGCGCCGCCUUGCGAGGCCAAGUGCACAUUAACACACAUUGCUACACUAUUCCUGACUUGGAGGCAUUUGUUGACCACACCAACGAGUUCAAAUUCCCCGUGCGAGCAUUCCACCAUGCUCACCAAACAUAUCUUGUUCCCGAGAUCUUGAAGCGAACCUGGGGAGGCCGCCCGCCUGCCUCUGCUCUAUUUGCCGACAACAUGUACUACAAGUCAGAGUCGUACGUCGCUUCUGAAUACGCCGGCAAGAUUCUUUGGGAGAAUGGCCUUACCCCUGUCUAUGUCAGUGACAACCCUGUCCUGAACGCCCAGCACGUUCUCUUCGAGGCUGCGAAGGCGUACAAGUACGGCCUCCCUUACCACGCAGCUUUGGCCAGUGUCACAUCCGCCCCUGCGGAGCUUCUGGGCUUGGGACAGAGAAUCGGAAAGAUCAAGCCUGGUUUUGAUGCAGAUAUCGCUGUGUGGGACAGUGAUCCCCUCAGCGUUGGCGCUGCGCCAGUUCAAGUUUGGAUUGACGGAGCCGCUCAGUUCUCUGACCCCUUCGAGCUUGAUAAGCCAUUGACCGGGCCCAUCUCUCCUGAGCCGGAGCUGGCAAACAUCACUGAGGAGGCGACCGACUUAAAGGAUGUAGUUUUCACUGGAGUUGCCAACGUUUGGCUGUCCGGCGAGGAGAAGUCCUCGAGCGCUGAGCCAGUCAACGUCGUGGUUUCUGAUGGUGCCAUCAAGUGCAUCGGCACUUGCACCGAAGAAGUCGCUGCCGCUAAAUCCUCCUCAAAGAAGAUCAUUAACCUCAAGAAUGGCCAUAUUACCGAAUCUUUCACUGCCUUCGGCUCUAGCAUUGGCCUCAACGAGAUUGACGGCGAAGCUGAUACGGACAACGGCCGCAGCUCUGGAUUCAGCAGGGGCAUUGACGGACUUGCACUGGACAACAAGAAGCUGCACGUUGCACUCCGUUACGGUGUCACCAAGGCCAUCUCAGCCCCCAAGUUCUCCGGCCAAGCAACUCACUCUGGAACCAGUGUUGGCUUCAACACUGGUGCCCUGCACGCUUUUGAAAAAGAUGCCGUCUGGGGUGAAGAUGUUGCGCUCCAUCGCACCUUGACACUGGCUGCCAAGAGAGGUGAUAACCCAUCCAUCUCUGGAGCCAUUGGCGCACUCCGCCACACCCUUUUGGAAGCAGUUGCGUCCAACGAUACUGGCUCGGAUCCCUUCUCGGAGGCCGUCUAUCUCAAGAAGGUCGUCAACGGAGAGCUGCCGUUGAUUCUCACAGUGCAUAGCGCUGACACUAUCAUUGCGAUUCUGAGACUCAAGUCGGCCGUGGAGGAGGCUCUGGCUGCCAAGAGUCAGUCUUCAGAAUCCCCCAAGCUCCGAGUUGGCAUCAUCGGAGGCGCGGAAUCGCAUCUCGUUGCGACCGAGCUGGCGUCCGCUGGUGUUGGUGUCGUUCUUGCACCUUUCCAGUCGUACUCGAACACCUGGGAUCAGAGGCGUUCUCUCACUGGUGCACCUUUGACGAAUGGCACUGCGAUCGACACUCUGCUCGAUGCGGGAGUUGUAACGGCGAUUGGAUUGGAGGAGGAUUGGCUGAUUCGCGACCUGGGAUUGCUUGCGGGUAUUGCGUACCAAAACGGAGGCAGCCGGCUGAAUGGCAAGAAGGCCUUGGAUUUGGUUUCCAGCAACAUCUACAAGAUUCUUGGUGUCGAAGAGCCGCAGGCCAAGGGCUCUCGCCACUUUGUUGUGCACGAGGGCAGCCCGCUCGAAAUUGGCGGAAGAGUGCGUGCUGUCGGCAACGGCCGCGAGACGGUGUCAGUUUUCGUGUAA